AUGGUUGACGCCACCCUGCUGCCCAACGGCAAGGUCAUCCUCGUCAACGGGGCCAAGUCCGGCAACUCAAACAACGGCGGCCCUGGUGGUGGCGGGCAGGCGCGCGACAUGGAGGGCCACGCCUGGCUGUAUGAUCCCAAGGCCCCCGCAGGCGGGCGUUUCUCCGUCCUGGCUGCCAGCGCCAUCAAGCGUUUCUACCACUCCACCGCCAUGCUGCUGCCCAGCGGGGACCUACUAGUCAUGGGCUCGGAGCAGAAUGACUGCCUUGAUGCCUGCAUCCAGUUCAACCCGGCGCUGCACCAAUUCCAGGCGGAGCUAUUCAAGCUGCCCUACGCCUUCGCCCCCGGCCGCCCCAUCAUCACGGGCACCUCCACCGAGGUGGCACCCAUGGGCACCGAUGUGAGGGUGUCAUACCUGGGGUUUGUCACCGGCGCGGUCUUGAUGACGCCGGGCGCCGUCACCCACCAGCUCAACAUGAACCAGCGCGGCAUCAAGCUGGUCGUGGCCAAGAACGAGAACGGCGUCGUCACGCUCAUCAUGCCGCCGCCCGGCGGUUUGAUCGCGCAACCCGGCUGGUACAUGCUGUUCCUCCUCAACGGCGACCUGCCCUGCACCAAGGCCUCGUGGGUGCAGCUUACGUCAUAA